UUUCUCAGUACACUAGACAGUCACCUGCAGUCCGACGACAACGACAAUCCGAAACGGGAGAGGUCAUCAGCAAAAGUGCAAAACCGGAAAGAAAGGGAAGAAGUGUUUUUUUUCGGUUCAGCCCAGUGCAUAACUGAUUGUCUCAAAAGUGGAGCAGAGGAAAACCACCGACAAUCUGCAUCCGGACCUUCCCGAGCAAUGGGGAAAAUCCAUAAAAGCUAGUAAUUGAAACUGGGACACACGUGGACAACCCCACAUGGCUUCACGUGGAGAAAAACGUUUGGUCCAUCACCGACAACGGACGGGACCGCAGAAGAAACAAUAAUGAGUGGUAAAGGCGGUGAAAUUAAAUCAUUUCCAUUUCGGGCAAUGCCACAACCGGGAAAGCCAAACAACCAAAGACGUCAUUGCUUCCCGCAGCAACAGCAGCCGCAGCAACCGAAUAUGAUCUGAACGGGGGUCCAUUUUGCUAGCACAUUUUUUUUGUGUGUAGGACCCAUGGAAUAGUGUGAAACUCGAAAGUGCUAACGUGGAAUAAUAACCAUUUUUGGAGUAGAGCGGUAGAGGGCAAAAAAAAGUUAGCAAAAGCGAGUCAUAGAGAGCUCGAGCAAAAAAAAAGUGGAAGUUUGAGAGUAGCUCUUAAAAAUUAAUUUAGCACAAGCUGGGGCUUUCAGAAAAAGAGUGGUGGUAGUGCAAUUAUUCUGAAUAAAAUAUGUGGAAACGAGGAGGCUGCUGCCACGACCUAACUAUGCUGAGUGCAGCUAUGCUCGGCAUGACGAUGCUGAUGAUGGUAAUGAUGCUUUGCGCGGGCACUUCACGUGCCCAAAUAGACUGGGCCGAGGACGACGACGAUCCAGUGUCAACGACGACGGUGGAAGCUGUGCUCGGCCGGACGGCAACGCUGCCGUGUGACAUCACCCCGGACGAGCAGAACGAUCGCGUCUACAUGGUGCUGUGGUUCCGGGAGAGUGCCGGAAAACCACUGUACAGCUAUGACGUCCGAGGGAGACAGUACACGAAAGCCCUCUACUGGUCGGAAUCGGCGGCGUUCGGUCCGCGGGCCUACUUCGUGACGGUGUCGAAACCGGCGGCACUCACGGUGGACAACAUCCAGCUGGACGACGAAGGGGUCUACCGCUGUCGGGUGGAUUUUCAGAAUUCACCAACGAGAAACCACCGGAUAAAUCUCACCGUGACAGUGCCGCCUCAUCAGAUACUUGUUUACGAUGCGUCCGGAAGAGACGUUGCCGGUGCGAUAGGCCCGCUGCAAGAGGACGACAGCCUAGUUCUUACGUGUGAAGUUAGAGGUGGUCGACCGGAACCGACCGUAACAUGGCUGAACGGCGACGAAGUGAUGCAAACAGGUGGCGGCGUAUCGAUGGGCCGCCAUGUGACUGUGAAUCGCCUGGAGAUACACAAAAUAACACGCACCGCCCUGAACAACACGUACAAAUGUCAGGCGUCCAACACGGUGCUGGUGCCGCCGGCGGAACGGAGCGUCCGGGUGGAAAUGCUGCUGAAGCCAGUGUCGGCAUCCAUGUCGUCCAAGCCGAAGCAAUUAAUUUCAGGCCAGGACUACAGCGUAUCCUGUGAUGUGGAAGGAUCAGUGCCCGACACCGAGAUUAGAUGGAUGCAAAACAACCGCCCGUUCACCAAAGCAAAAAUUAGAACUGUUAACAACAGUUCGAUUGUGACAUCGGUGUUGAGCUUCCAACCCAGCUCGGAAGACGAUGGAACUGUCCUUAAAUGUGAAGGUUCCAAUCCCAGGCUGCAAAACUCAGUGCUGGAAGAUUCCGUCAUCAUGAACGUUCUCUAUCCACCGCAAGUGACGCUGUCCCUCGGAUCAACGCUUAAUCCGGACGACAUUAAGGAGGGCGACGAUGUCUACUUCGAGUGUCACAUCAAGGCAAAUCCGAGGGAGCACCGCAUUACAUGGUCCCACGAUGGUUCGCCAGUGACACAGAAUGUGACGUCGGGGGUGAUUAUUUCGACGCGCUCGCUGGUUCUGCAACGGGUCGGCCGGUACCAUUCCGGGAUGUACGCCUGUUCGGCCGCCAACGAGCAGGGCGAAAGCCAGAGUGCACCGGUCUCACUUAGGAUUCAUUUUGCGCCAGUUUGUGCCUCGAGCAGUAUCAUGAUUGUUGGUGCAUCGCUGGACGAGACGGUUCCGGUGCCGUGUCAUGUAGCUGCCGAUCCGCUGGACGUUUCGUUCGACUGGAACUUCUCCAACAGUGGCGAACGCUUCGAGGUGACCAGCGGCCAGUUCAACUUGCUGCAGGACUUUCACUCGUCGUCAUCGGUGGCGUCUGAUUCUGGACUGGGCGGAGGGAUGGCCCCGUUGUACGAUGCCAUGGAUGAAAACUCGGAAACCAUUUACGAGCUGCUGUACACGCCCAAAAGCGAACGAGACUAUGGCACGCUCGCCUGUUGGGGCAAAAACUCAAUUGGCAAGCAGCUGGAACCGUGUCUCUUUCAGGUCGUCCCCGCAGCAAAGCCCUCCCCGUUGCGCAACUGCACCCUCCGGCCGUACUCGACGCUGCUGGCGACUCACGGAGGAGGUUCUGCGUCGUCCUCGUCUAAUUCAUCUGCAGCGUCAGCAUCUUCAUCUUCGUCGUCCUUCUAUUACGGACCGGGUGCCGGCGGUGGCGGUGACAUGGAAACCGGUGCCGUCUCUGCUUCGUCCUCGUCGGCUAAUGGUGCCACCGUAGGUCAGCAUUAUCGGGAAUCUAAUUAUAUCAGCACACAAUUCGUUAAAGAUCGGAACGUGUCAAACGAACGUCAAACGAAUAUUACAAAAUUUAAUCAGAAGAGUACGUCGCCGGGCACUGUAUCGAAAAGACGUGAACAGAUCAAACACAAAAACGAUGCCGGCGGGCGAACUGGCGGGGCAGUGGCGGGAAGUUCCGGUCUGACGACCCGUGGAAGAAUUAGUGCAGCUGGUCAUACUGUGGGAUUGACCUCGGAUGACAGUGACACGGACCUGGAAGCGGAGGAGGGUGGCGCUGGGAAGGGUGUCGAGGUGCUGAUGGCAGCCCAAAUAUCGUCCGCAUCGGACCAAGCAGCAUCCGGUUCGUCUAGUUUCUCGCCAUCAUCGGAAUCCUCGUCGUCAGAAUCAGCAGCAGCAGCAGCGUCAGUGGAAGAGAGUAAGAGAAAAACAAUUUCGACUAAUGAAAGAAAUAGUGGCAUGAAUUUGUUUAACACCGUAACGCUCGUCGGAGACGGCUUCCAGCAGGGCAGCUCGUCGUCUGCAGCUGGCAACACUGGCACCGGUGCAGGCACCAGCCCCGAUGCUAAUCAUAGGCGGAUGAAGAGAGAGAAACGUUUUAAUGAAAAUCUAGAAAAUGAAAUAAAUAAAACACAUUUCGAUGAUGAUGAUGAAAUUUUCAAUAGCACCAGCAGCAGCAGCAGCAGCGACGAGUACGAGAACGAAGGCAUUAGAACUGUCGAACCUAGGUCAGGCCAGAUCGGUUACAGUGCUGCCAGCAGCAAUGGGAACAGUGAAGGGAAUAAUUAUCACGGCAGUACGAGAGAUGCAACACCGAUUGCAGCAAAAUUGAGAUCGGAAAACGUUCGAUAUAAUCGGUACCACUCGUCGUCGGACGGAACACAGGACGCUGGGAGACGGGGCGGUCUGGGACCACCAUCACAGCAAGGAUAUGGUCCAAGCCACUCGUACGGCCACUACGUGGAGAACAGUGGAGGGGGAGGAGCGUCGGAGGUGCCGACGACGUUGGAGCUCGAGUGCGUGGCAGGAUACGACGGGGGCCUGCCGCAGCACUUUUUUCUUGAAGCCUACGACUCGAGGACGCGCAAGUUGCGACUCAACAUCACAAGUGCACUUAGCGAUGUGCCACUGUUCCGGAUAGAUUUGUCUGAGUUGAGCCCUAGCGAUUCUUACACGCCAACCCUUCACCUGAUUGCUUACAGUGUAAAUCAGAAAGGACGCUCGGAGCCGACGAUUCUCGAGGACAUAGCGAUUAAUGAAGCUGAAAAAAGGACAGACGGAACCGAUGGCUUUUCAAUUCUCCCGCUUGCGGCAUUACUUACCGGUGCCCUGUUCACAAUCGGCAUCGCCGUCCUGCUGGUGGUCGUCUUGGCCAUACGGAGAAAACGUGACGGUCACGGGACCGGUCUGUGUGACGGCAAGGAGAAACACAUGGGCAUGGAUAUCACCGUGACCACACCGCUGGAGAUGGGCAUGGGACAGCAGAAGUAUGUGGUCGCCUAUACGCUCAAGCAGGGCGUCGAGAAACAACCGGACAUAUUGAGCGCCCAGAAAACGCAAGGCUCCGCCAGCAUACAAUCGAUAAAGGACAUCCAGAAGAUGGGCUCCCCGGUGGGCAUAAGACCCGAUGCACUGUGUAGUGGUCCGAACGGGGGUGGCGGUGGGAUGGUUGCAAAACAAAGCACAAUUUAUGCCACCCAGAGUUACGACCAAAAAUCGACACCUUCCAGUCGGCAAAGCACGUUGAAACGGAACGAUACUUCCAACACGUACAGUUUGCUACAACAGCAACAACCGCCGCAUCAUCUCCAGGGAAAGCCCCCACCUGUGACGUCCGUCACUGGUUUACCGCAGUACACGACGGCCACCGGCAGUUACACGAACUGUUCCGCCGGGGGCAGUGAUCUGCUGGAUUAUGAGAAACAGUACGGCGGUAGUGGUGGCGGAGGUUAUUCAACACUCCAGUACAAUCACAACCCGCCGCCACUGGUGGAUCCGUACAGCUACAAGAGCUCCCCCGCGGAUCCCGUCGCAGCAGACCCACUCGACUACGACAAGAAUCUCGAUUACAGACUGCUUAACAUAUCGAACGAGAUUAAGAACAACUCGACCGCCAAUCAUAUCGAAUAUAGGAACAAUAACCACCAUAGUAGUAGUAAUUUACAACUCGGAAGCAGUAGCAGUAGACCGCCACAGGCCGGCUCAGGUGGCCCCAAUCCGGAGUACCGGUAUUCCGGCUCAGAGUACGCGUCGGAUCUGAUGGACUUUAGCAACGUACCGUCGCCGUCUUCCUCCACCAACAUCGGGGCAACGCUGACCAAGAACCGAAACCGGCAGCACAUCAUCACGGACACUCUGCCAGGGCCAGAGAGCUGCGUGUAGAGUUGCCACCGUAGUAGCUUCCUCGUCGGUGUCGCCGUUGUCGUCUUCUAUGUACAGUAGGAUCGUCGUGAUUCCGUCAACGACUGCGGUCGCGCAAAGCUUUAGCCCCCUCCCCCACAUUUAACGCUCGCACGGUGACCAAAAUAUCAUUAUUCGAGAUUGUAACGACUCUUUGGUUUGAUUGGAUCUCAAGAUAAUCACUUUAUUAAUUUAUGUUACUUUAAUCUCACUUCGCAUAAAUGUCUCAAAUGCGAAAAAAGAAACUGGAUUUUCUACGGAUUGUGGAAUAAAGAACAGCAUUUUUUUAGCUUUUUUUUCGAAAGAGCAUAUGAUUUUGAACCAAACUGUAUCAUAACUUAAAA